AUGGGGACGAAAUGUAAAAAGUGCGGUCAGUACGAGGCAGAAGAAGACCCGACUACAGGGACUGUUGUCUGUACCAACUGCGGAGCUGUUUCUGAAGAGAAUCAAAUCGUAUCGUCCAUUCAAUUUUCCGAAGAUGCAGGUGGUUCGAGUAUCAUCGGAACCUUCCACUCUGCUGAUGGAUUGAACAACUCUGUAAAUCACAUCGGCUCGAGAAAUCACCGAGAAGUGACUCUUCGAAAAGCAAAGGAAGCAAUUUGUCGGCUGUGCGCAGAGCUUCGUUUGCCAAAGCAACACGAAGAUGAAGCUUAUAAUUAUUAUCGCCUCGCACUUAACAAAUCUUUUACUAGAGGUCGACGAGCCGAACAGGUGUAUGCAUCCUGCGUUUAUUUAUCUUGUCGACUGAAUCCACGGCAAAACGAACUCAUGCUUCUCGAUUUCUCGCAAGUUCUGAAAGUCAAUGUAUAUAUUCUCGGAAAGACGUUCCUAAAACUUUCCCAAGAGCUGAAUAUCACACCGCAUAUGCUCGAUCCAGCAUUCUAUAUUCAUCGAUUUGCUCAUCAACUUGGUUUCGGAGAUUCCGGGACAAAGAACAAGGAAGUGAUGGAGACUUCAAAUCGAAUUGUUCAACGAAUGAACAGGGAUUGGAUGACUGAAGGUCGUCGGCCUGCCGGAAUAUGUGGAGCUGCAUUCGUAAUCGCCGCUAGAAUGCACGGUUUCAAAUGCAACAUCGAAGAUAUUACAAAAGUAUUCAAAAUCGGACCGAAUACGAUUAGAAAACGCCUGCAUGAAUUCGGAGCUACGCCGUCAGCAAAGUUGACGAUUGACGAAUUCAACCGGAUUGAUUUGGAAUCAGAAUUCGAUCCUCCUUCUUUUAUAAAAGCGCAAGAAGAAGCAGCGCGGAAAUUCGACAACGAAGAGAUCGACAGACAAGUAACCGAAGCUGAAGCGCUGAUUCCCGAAAUCGAUCAAGCGAUGACGGAAGAUCAGAAAAAGGCCGCCUCGAAAAGAAAACGACGUCCAAAGAAGGCAGAUCCCACUGGCGAUGAUAUCCCUAGUGAUCCCGAGCUGCAAAUGGUGCACAAAGCCGGCUUCUUGGAUCCGAUGAAAACACCCGAAGAAGCUCUUGCCAGAUUGAAUCCGAGCUUUGCCGCUUCCACCGAAAUAGCCUCUACCUCAAAAGCCGAGACUGAAAGAUUCGCCUCACCCGACCUGCCAGAUGAAAGUUAUCAGCCCACCGUUGAAUCGCUUGGUAUCACUAGAACGCACGCGGAAAUGUUGUCCCUCAAUGAGCCAAGUACGGAAAGUGCAGUUUCGCGAACAGACACGCAUGAUGGCGAGCUCGAUUUAGAAGGAAUUGACGAUGAUGAAAUUUCGAGCAUGCUCCUAAACGAUGCGGAAGUUCAGCGAAAGACAAAAAUGUGGGAGAACAGAAAAGAAAACAGAGAAUGGCUGAAGCGCCAGGAAGAGAAGAAACUUGAAGAAGCCACUAAUCCACCAAAAGCGAAAAGACCGCGGAAAAGGAGAAACAAAAGUAGCCUUCCGGAAUACAGUACUGCGGGAGAAGCACUUCAAACUGUAAUCAAGCAAAAGCGCUUCAGUACGAAUAUCAAUUAUGACGUUUUGAAUACUCUCAAAGAAGCCUUGUCUACAACAAAAGAGGCCGAAAAGGAAAAGAGCCCCGUCAAAGCCGCCACCGAGAAACGAAAGACUGUUGAUUUGGCGAACUCUACCGAGGACGAUUCAGACGAUUCGGACGUGGAUGCUCCUGAUAAAGUUGCAAAAUCGAGCUUUGCUCAAGACAUGGGAAUGGGCGAUCUCUUUGGUGGUGACUCUGACUAG